AUGUUGGAUACCUUCGAGAUAUUGACUACUUCCGGCGUAGUCCUGUGGUCGCGCACAUAUGUCCCGGUCGGCGCAAACGUCAUCAACAGUUUAAUCCGGGAUGUCUUCAUCGAGGAGCGCGUGCAACCUCACGCCGAAGAUGCCGGCGCCAAACCUACGUACAAGAAGGAGGGAUAUACUCUGAAGUGGACCGCAGCGAAGGAUCUUGGCCUCAUCUUUGUGGCCGUAUACCAGAGUCUAGUACACCUGACGUGGGUCGACAAGCUCCUCGAUAAUGUGCGCGCACUCUUCGUCGGCCUCUAUGGCGAGCAGCUGAAGACGGAGCACAGCAGUGUGGUCAACUGCGACAAAUUCGGCGCCUACUUCGACCGACAGAUGCAUGACCUGGAAGGUGCCAGCGACUCUGGCGCACCAAGUAUCAAGCUCACCACUCCCGAAUCGAGUACCGACAACGACAGCGCCGACGAAAGCUUGCCUAAGCCAACGGCAUUACAGAAACCACAGCAGUCCUUGUACGAUACGAGCGCCGAUUCAACACCAGUACCCACGCCAGAUACGUCGAGACCUACUACACCUGCGCAAAGUCAGCUUUUGACUGGAAAGGCAAGACCGUUUGGAGGGAAGAUGUCACGGCGGGACAAGAAGAAGGCCUCGGCAUUCAGCUCAGCACCAGUGUCAUCGGGUGACGAAGCAUCAGCCAAGAAGAAGGGCAGGGGCUCAGCCAAGAAGGGCAGAGUGUGGGGCGAGUUCGGGGCCGAAGAACAGGACGAUUCUGUGCUCGACUACUCGCAAUCAGACAUCCAGGGCGACGCCUCUGGGAACGAGGCGCUUGAGGAGAUCCGACCAGAGACAUGGGGCCACAAGACAAAGAAGGGCGAGUUCGUGCUGAAAGAUCUUGAUGAAGAGAUGGACGAGAUAAUUGCAGCACAAAACGCGAAGAAGGACAAGGAAGCACCCGCUGCCUCUGGUGGGCUAGUAGGGUCCAGUUUGGGUGCAAUUGGCGGCCUGUUCAGGAACGUGGUUGGCGGCAAGACACUCACCAAGGAGGAUUUGGCAAAACCACUUAAGGGAAUGGAACAGCACCUCCUUCGCAAGAAUGUGGCUCUCGAAGCUGCGGUGCGACUAUGUGAGAGCGUCGAGCGCGAUCUCGUGGGCAUGAAGACUCCCAGCUUUACCACGAUCGAGACAACACUCAAAUCCUCCAUGGAAAAGGCUCUCACCAAGAUGCUUACUCCCACGUCCUCCCUGGACCUCCUCCGCGAAAUUCAACACACCAACGCCACCACAUCCCGCCCCUACGUCAUCUCCAUUGUCGGUGUAAACGGCGUCGGAAAGUCGACAAACCUAUCCAAGAUCGCCUUUUUCCUGUUGCAAAACCACCACCGCGUGCUCAUCGCAGCAGCGGAUACAUUUCGUUCUGGUGCUGUGGAGCAACUACGCGUCCACGUAGAUAGACUGAAGGAGCUAUCGCAAAGAGAAGGAGGUCAGGUCGAUUUGUUCGAAAAGGGCUAUGGCAAAGAUGCUGCCAACAUUGCAGCGGAUGCCGUUACCUUUGCCUCGAAGAACAGCUUCAACGUAGUGCUCAUCGACACCGCUGGUCGCCGACACAACGACCAACGUCUCAUGUCUUCCCUUGAGAAAUUCGGCAAGCUAGCCAACCCAGACAAGAUUCUCAUGGUGGGUGAAGCGCUUGUCGGCACAGACUCUGUUGCACAGGCACGCAACUUCAACGCUUCUUUUGGCGUGGGGAGAAACCUCGAUGGAUUUAUCAUCUCAAAAUGCGAUACCGUCGGCGAUAUGGUGGGUACACUGGUGUCGAUGGUGCACGCGACAGGCAUUCCAGUGGUAUUCUUGGGUACCGGGCAACAUUACAGUGAUCUAAGGACACUUAAUGUUAGUGCCAUUACGAGACUGCUCAUGAGCUAA